AUGUCUUUGCGAUCAGGACCCUUGAAUCAUGGGAAUUUCUAUAUUUCCUUCCCUCAUGAGCGGGUAGUCCAAGUGACAAUCAAUCGACCUGACAAGCUUAAUUGUAUCGACAAGACUACGAGCCGAGAGAUCGCCAAGAUCUGGGAGCUAUUCGACGAAGAUGAAAGCCUAUGGGUUGCGAUCAUCACCGGUGUUGGGCGGGCCUUUUGCACUGGAGCUGAUUUAGGAGAAUGGAACGCUAUGAACAAGGCCGGUGUCGUCAAUGACAUGUCCGCGCCGGGCCUCGCCGGAUUACCUCGCCGGACAGGCAAGAAACCGAUUAUCGCCGCCGUGAACGGAAUCUGCAUGGGCGGAGGGUUCGAGAUGGUGGCGAACUGCGAUCUGAUUGUGGCCUCAUCUUCUGCCAUUUUCUCUCUCCCGGAAGUCAAGCGAGGCAUCGUACCAGUUGCCGGAUGUUUACCGCGACUGACUCGUACCAUUGGUCUCCAGCGUACAAUGGAUCUUGUGCUUACCGGGAGGAAUGUGAACGCCACCACACUCCGUGACUGGGGCCUGAUCAGUCAAGUGGUGGAGCCGGACAAUGUUGUCCGCGCAGCAGUGGAGGUUGCGGAAACCAUGUGCAAAAAUAGUCCCGACGCGUUGAUUGUUGGUCGGUUGGGUGUCCGGAUGAGCUGGGAAGCUGGAAGUGUGGAAGAUACGGUAUCAGAUCUGGCGGAUCAGUGGUAUCCCCGAUUGGUAGCUGGUCCUAACUUUGCCGAAGGGAUCCAGGCGUUUGUGGAGAAACGGUCUCCGAGUUGGAAAAACUCGAAGUUGUAA